AUGUUUAAAUACAGAUACAAGCUAAAGAUUGCAUUUCUUAUGGGAACGACGAAAGACAAGAAAGGUGCAAUGUUGGUGAAUCAGGAGAGCCUGAAAUAUGGAGAUAUUGUUCAGGGAGACUUCCUGGAUACCUACCGGAACCUUACCAACAAGGGGGUCAUGGGCUUCCGGUGGGUCACCAAAUACUGUCCACAUGCGCAGAUGGUUUUAAAAAUCGACGAUGAUAUCUUUGUCAAUAUUUUUAAAAUAAUAGGAUACUACUUUCCUAUGUACAAAAGAAGAAAAAACUUGAUAAUGUGUAACACAGUUUUCCCGGGUCACGUUCAGCGGCGCCAUUCUCGCUGGACCGUACAAAGUGACGACUUCCGGGGACGAAAGUUUUACCCUAGAUACUGUAGCGGCUUUGCUGUGCUGAUGGGUACGGAUACGAUUCGUGCCUUUUACCAGGCUGCCCACAUUACUCCUAUGUUCUGGGUGGACGACGUGUACUUGUUUGGACUGCUGCCUAACAUGGCAAAAAUUACUCAUCGUGUCCUGAAUCGUAAUGUGAGUUUGUUUACAGAACAAUGUGAGAAGUCAUACAAGACCGAGGACCCAUAUCUCGUUGCUUGCACUGCGUCUCAAACAACGCAGUUCAUGUUUUACUGGAAACGAAGUCUGAAAACGCUUAGGUCACCAAUCAGACAGAUGGUAAACGAUGACGUCAUCGCUAAGGCAUUGGCUUCUGGAGAUGGCAUGUAA